AUGUACCAGACAUAUGCGGAUGCUAUCCAUAUGGUCAUUAAACGAUCCAAUUGCAGAAAAAUUCUUUCCAUUGAUGAGUCAGAUGGAGAUAAAGAAGUGCGAGCAUAUCGUCCUAGCUGGGGAACUGAUGAGCUCCAGAAGUUUAGCACUACGGUUGGUGACUUUACUGUCAAGCAUUUGAAGAAAAAUGCAGACAGUUGUUAA